AUGUCUUCAAUCAAAGCAGAUUAUGCAGACCCCGUUGAUGUUGAGAUGGAACUUAACCUGAGCUCGACUUCUCAACCCAAAAUACGAAGAGCCCGAUCCAACGAUAUCAUCGCUCCAUAUCGCGACUCGAAUUUCCUCAGCACCAUCGACAUCUCCAACAGGGAAAGGGUCCCCACUCCGAUCAGUAGCCAUUUCGACAAUCGGAUGAAUGACUUGCCCGGCGUCUCACGGCAUCACUUUCCGCCAGUGCACACCAACCUCAGCCCGAUGUUUGAACAAGAAUCUUGGAUCAGCAGAGAUGGGCUGCCCAGUCCGACGGAAGACCAGGAAAUGGAUACAGUGAUGAUGCUUGACCAAGCAAACAAUGGCCCAGAUGAUCGACACGUGUAUGGGAAUAACGCCGUUGAAUCUCGACUCAUGGAGAGACAUGGAGCUCAAGUCAAUAGAAAUUCGAGUCCUGGCCGUUCGAGGACGGCGAAACUCCAUAUGGGAUUUCUCAACGGUUGUGACAAGUGCGUCCAAAAGGUCCCAGGCCAUUACAGUCAUAUACUGUGGACAUGA